CGUCGCUACGGUCAGCUCUUGUUGGCGCGAGAAGGAACGUGCGUUCUUUUUGUAUUCUUCCUGUUUCCCAGUUUUUCCUGGAGUUUCACCACAGUGGUGAGAGAAAGAGAGAGCAAAGCUGUGCGCGCGGAGUGAGCAAGUCGCGAUCGAUUGCCCGCGGGUUCCAGUACAAAGGGUUCGUCGCUUCCUUCGGUGUGUCUUCUGGAGACUUGUGGUCGAAGUUCCCGUUGGUUUCUUGCUGUUUUUUUUUGUUCACUCGUUCCGCGGUUGACCGUGCGCGAACCGCGUACUAGUUAGUGUGUGUGUGUGUUUGUGUGUGGAGUCUAACUUUUACUCGCGCGGCGACGAUUUUUUUACCCUCUUCUUCACUCCUCGGUUGCUAAAGAUAUGUUACGCCUGAGUGAAUUUUACCUUGGAGUUUCGCAAUUAGCAUAGAUUUUCGAACGACAAGCAAGCAAACGUUUUAUGUUCAGUGCGGAGUGUGGUUAAACUACGGCGAUGUGAAUGUUUUUGUAACUUGCUGGGCUUUAUUUUUUUGUUUGUUUUCGACGAGUGAGAAUUCGAAAGGGAAGAGACCUUUUGGAGGAAGGUGAAAAUCAUUACGAUUCAGGUGGCGUUCGCGGGUCUACGAGUUCUACUUUCAACGGUGUAGUUUCAAUUUGGGGUCGAGUGGACCGAUUCAAUUCAAAUCAAACCCCAUAUUGUGGCCGCAAUAAAUACCGAAAUACGCACGUUCCGUGCGCCCUGGAAGAAGUUGAAUAGCGUGUGGGGACGGUUCUGGUUUCUGGAAUUUUACAACUGCUUUCCACACGCGAUCUCGGGUGAAAGGAAAACAAAACUCCCUUGGUGUGCAUAAGUGGAGUUAAAGCUGGUGCAAGUUGGUGGAACGGCAGAUGCAAGUGGUUGAAAGAUAUAUAGCUGAGCCGUGAGUGCCAGGAUUGGUCACGCUCUACACUAUCCGAAACGCGCCACGACUGGAACCAAUUCACAGCACACAAGUGUCGGGGGGCCUCAAAAAUCUAUAACGGAACGGAACGGACCGGAUCUGGUCUGUUGACAUAACCUAUUUCCUUCGGCAGCUGCAAGUGUUGCAAGUGAAAUAAAGGCCGACAAUAUUGAGGCGUGCUGAGCGGAGUGAAAAAAAAAUGCAAACGACGAAAUAACAAAGCGCAGUGAAAUUGAGCCCGAAUCAGUGACGAUUCUUUCCACAACUCGAAAAGUGGAGCGGAAAAUUCUUCCCUGCUCGAAGCAAAACGAAACGAGUGUUCUUCAAACCACAAUCAGAGAUAACACGAAAAUUGCAGCGUGACGUGAGAUUGGGUAACGGUCGCCAUAAGUUUGGAAAGUUCUCAAAGUUGAAGUGUGCUUAUGUAAAGAGAAGCGGAGAAAAGAGUGAUAACAUAAAACAAGAAAGUGAAAAAGUGUGCAUUUUUUUUUGCGCUAGUGAGAAAUUUAGUGAAUCCAAAAGUGUGGAAGCUUUGGGGCGGCAAAAAAAAACCCGUCCAUCCAGACCAUCCGUCAUCAUCGUCGUUAUCAUCAGCGGCGGCGAACGCUAGUUUGGAUUAAAGUUACGGCAAGUUGAAAUCGACGCUGCUACGGGGGCUACGGGAAGUGAACGGGCAACAGUAAAGGUAACCUUUCGUCAUCCAUCGAGCUCAAAUUAGGGAUCAAAGAGUAAUACGAGCGCGGACUGCAGCGGUUGUAGCUUACUUUCAGUUUAUGAACCCCGAACGAACAAGCUGCAUUAUUUACGCCACUGAUUCGCCAUUAAUGGGAUAAAAGAAUGAAUCCAUCAGAUGGCGAAAGUUAGCCAUCUUCCAAUGAGACGCUAUCCGACGGAACAGUCAACCACUGCGACGACGAAUGUAGACGCCAUCAAUUUCUACCCACCAGCGAAUGCUAGUCAGCGGCCAUCCACGGACAAAUCCAAGCGAACAUGGGGUCAGCGACUCAAACUGAGCAAAUCGCCCAGCUCCGUUUCCAACGCAAGCACUAACUCGAGCACAAUCUCCACUGCCAAAUCCUCCUCUUCGUCUUCCUCGUCAACAUCCACGAUAAAAGUGCUAGAUUACUCCAAGCUUCAGCAUAGGCAGCAGCAGCAGCAACAACAACAGCACCCGCAGUUUGGAUACUGCCCUCCACCCAAUGUCCCCCUGGCGAUAACCACCCACCCAAUGAAGUAUGCCGAAUCGCCUUGGGUGUACGGCACGAUGCGUGGAAUGCCACCACCGAUGCCACCGAUGCACCCUUCCCAUCACCCGGGGAUGGUUCACCCGAUGGCCGCCAUGUUUUGCACCAUUCCAGGAUCGGCGGCUCCAACCGCCGAGGUGGCGGUGGUCAUCUGCUGCUGUCCCGAGUAUCUCAACGGUACGAAAAGGGACGUGAAGAAGGCGAGUGUCUGCAAGAAAUGCAAAGGUUCACGGCUUCCGCUGGCCCCUUUUGGUGGCACGAUGAGAAUCGCCUCGGGGGCAACAUUUAUGGCCCCGCUCCCAACCGGAAGCGCUGGGACAGUUAAACUGGCAUCCACUUAUGGCAAGAAGACGCGACCUUCAAUUCUGGGUAGCAAUGGCGAUCCGUAUGAUUUUAUGAGACGAUCCCGCCUAGGUCAGUCCGAACAAACAAAAUCUGUGAAAAGCACAAUCAAAGAUAAGCUUAGAGGACGAGCGAAAAGUACAAGUCCCUCCAAAGGACGUAGUAGAACAGAUAAAAGGACACCUUCACCCUCGGGAGGCAAAGGUAGCAAUAGCCGAAGUUUGAGCGCAAGUCGCAAUGGUACCAACAACAACAAAGAACUAAAAGAUUGUUGGGUAGAACCAGAAGAGGUACCGAUUGUUGAACCGGAAACAACGGUCACCCGUAAAUCGAUUCUGCGGUGUGAUAUUAAUCCGUACGAUUUAAUCUCACUCAGCAGCGGGCUAAACAAUGAGUUUUCCCCAACCAGCGAAACGGACGAUUAUGACCUAUCGAUUCACUCCCAAAAGUACGAAAAUCUUCUAGACACGCUCUACGCAAACCGGUACAAUCCGGCCAUCAACAACAUAGCCGCAAUAUCGGGCCAAAGAAUCAAACUUUUCGACGGAGAGUCGGCCCCACCCGUAUACGACGAUGUGGACGAAUUCGUUCACGAUCCGGUUGAGGUACAAAACGAUCCCGGUACGGAAAGCCGCGUGGAAGUUAUCCCUGAACGUCCACCUCGCACCAAACAGAAACAAGACCCUCCAAAAGAAGACGAUAGUAAAUCCCCGCCCACCCAGAUCUCGCCCGAAGUGACUCAAAGUGCAAUAAAAUCAAUCCUGAAGAGACCAAGUUCGGUCACAAGUGCACCGAGUAGUGGAAUUCCGGACAAUCCCGGCUAUGACACGAUUCGUCUCAACCAAACGCUGGUUAAGCGUCUGGCCAAGCUAACCUCGGACGAGGGAGCCUUCUCCAAAAACAGUACAGUCAGCGCAAGACACAUGCGAACCUCCCCCGCCAAAGACAAAGACCUCAGGCGUAAUUCCGGUUCACAGUUCUACCUUCCAAACCCGCUAAAUAGCUCCGGAGGGAACACAGCUUCCCUUGGGUCACGCAAAAAGGUUCAUUUUUUAGUGGAGAAUGAGGUCAUCGACGAUGACAAAUUGUUCGCCCAGCUGCUGCUGUCGGAGAGUGGCGGCGCCAACCAUAUGCGGCCAACCAUUUGUCCGACGGUGACUCUAGUGGAGGUGACACCCGAAGAGGGGUCCCCGCAGAAUGGGAAUACAGCGGAGGAGCUCGAUGCAGACGAUCAACGGCAGAGCAACGAUCAGAGUGGCAUACGGAAAGGUGUGGAGUCGAUCACCCUCAUUGAGUAUAACGGGACAUCACAGAUCAGUGGGAAGAAUGGAACUACUGAAGACGAGGGCAGUCAGGCGUCUGCUGCUGGGGAUCUGUCCUCUGCCGACGGUGCCAGUGAAGCUAAUCAUGAAAACAGUAAUGGAGAUCUCUCUCCGUGGAGUAUCCGCCGCCGGGCUGGACCAAUCCGGCGCAGCUUCAGCGAACGAUCAUCUCCUCCGCGCCAUUUGAACGGCUCCAGCGAUCCGAAGGCGCGACAUCAGCAUCAGGUUCACUUCAUGGACACGAUGGCUCUGCGGGGAAAACAGCCGCGUGCCGACUCCAGGAACACCUUCGACGAGGAUUCGUACUCUUUAUCUUCGGGAAGCUCGAAUGGUACUUUGUUGAACUCCAGGAUGAGACCCCGAGUACCGCCACCACCUCCACCGCCUCCACCGCAGCAAUCAACCACAUCGGUGGGGUUUUCCCCGUCCGGUCCGGCUUCCACGACCAACAGCAACGAUUCGGAAAUCGUUUCUCAAGAUAAUGGAAAUUCGUCUUCAGCGACGAAGGUUGAUGACCCGGAGGAUAGUAAUAUUUAUGAGGAUUUUUGUUUCGAUUUGAGUUCUGGCUCUGAGUCUAGUAGUGGCCGUAGUUCAACCAAUUCUCGCACCGUAGUUCAAGUAUCGACCCCCGUUCUGAGCACAUUCGGCAAAGAUGCUGCUGUCCAUCGGUUGGAGAUUCGGCACGAGAUAAACGACAACAGCUACGAAUCAUUGGGUCAGAAGAAAACCUCAAUCAUGAUCACCGGAGACGACUGUUACUCGACGGUCAACGUUGACGACGAUAACGAGUCACCUCUCUAUCAAUCCUCAGUGGUAGUCAACGAUAUAAUCGUUUCGCCAGGGAUUUGUCAAUCGUCCUCCAAUACGGUCACAAUCAGUGUCAACUCGCCGACAUCGACUCUCGAGUACCCCCGUUUUAAGCGUACAUCAAACUUUGCCGUCCAAGACGAGCUGAUCUCCAAGAACAACCUGAAGAACAGCCUCAUGAACAACUCAAGCACUACGUCCAUUAUUCCAAUAGGUGGAGCCACUACGGGGGCGGUCACAAAUUCCCCAAACGAGUCUGAACCUUCAACGCCAACGAAGCAUAGCGGGAGAACUCUCAUCAGCCUCGAUUUCGGUCCGGAUAAUGACACCGCGGCAGCACCGGAGAGUUCGGUUGACGAGGAAGAAGAGGACGACGACGAAGAAGAAACGCCCUAUAAUCCAAACACUGAAAAACAAUCCAGCGAUACGAUUUCGAUAGUUCCUAGUGCAGCACACCCCAAAGAUAGUAGCAAUAGUAUUGAAAUUCUCCUGCGAAAUCCGGUGGAGGCGGUCCGGCGGAACCUGGUGCCCCAUUUCUGCGGUAAGCUACCGUCCAGCGAGCGAAGGAGCGUUUCGCCUGCCGCUGUUGCUGCUAGCGAUGGGACGAUUGUAGUGCGCCGACCGAAACCGUCCGAUGCCGAGGUCAUGCAGGCUAAAGCCCAGCGGAACAGCUUCAUCGUGAAGCUGCUGGAGGAUCCGAUGCUAGGGCACCUGGCCGAAGGAUUGGACUACGAUUUGGUGACGAAGCUGAUCGAAAACUCGCUGCUACGGUUGAAGGAAAGUCGCACCCAGCUGGACAUGAGUGGAACCAAAGAUGAGGGCAAUGUGUCCAAGAUGAUCGAGGAAUCGUUGAUGAAGAUUCAGGAGGAAAGACAGAAGCUAGAGGUGAAGAAGCAGGAGAAGGAUAGCAAACGGAGUAGCGUCAGCUCGGGGAACAGUUAUGGUUCGGCGGCUUAUGAACUGAUGGAGUUCGAUCCGACGGGCGACUUAAGCGAUUGCUACCAAAGUUGCUCGAGUGAUCUGACCACAGAUGAAGAGGCAACCUCGUCGCGCAGUAAGUUCUAUCAGAUGCUGGUGGACGCGACACUUUCUGAGAUUGAGAUCAGUACUGGUAACGAAGAUGAUCAUCACUACGAGUCGAUACGGUUGAAUAGUGAUCCUAUCUAUGAGGAAAUCAACGAUGUUCCUCCACCUCUUCCACUCACGGCACCACCCGUUGUGGACGAUCUCGACCGGGAAAAACGAAACGCUCGAUCGAUCUUUGAAGGAGCCUCCAAGUACGACAUCCUAUCAUACUUGGUCGACGCAAAAGAACGCGGGAUCGCCCAGGAGGAAGCGUACAACUUCCAGUUCGGCAAUGCCAGCGAUAUCAUCCUGGAGGAAGAGGAAGAUGAGAACAUCACCGAUUUGCGGCACCAUCAGCGACAGAUCUCCGAUAUUAGCAGCCGUCUCUCGCAUAUGUCCAACAUCAGCGACUCCAGCGAAGACAACUCCCUGCUAACUGCGAGUCUCGCCCAGCGGAAGGCUUCGGAAAUCGAGCGGAACGAUUCGGGUGUUGGUUCGGAAACGAGCAAGACUUCGCGUAGCAAGUGGCAAAGUCCCCUCCUGGACAAGAUCAGUCCCAUUCACCUGUGCGAGGAUUGCGACGGUCCGGUUGAGACACAGAUCACAGAAUCCGGUGUGAUGUACGCUCCGCUCGUGUGUCGCAAGUGUGGCAAGAAGCGGGUCGAGCGGAAGGAGAUCAUCACCGAGAUCGUCGAAACCGAGGAGAAGUACGGUCGCGAUUUGCAGAUCAUUCUGGAGGAGUUCUACCAGCCGAUGCUGGUGGCCGGUCUGCUGAACCAAGAUCAGCUCUCCGCAAUCUUUUUGAACGUAGAAGAAUUGCUUGAGAACAAUCAGUUUCUGGCGGAGCGGAUGCGAGAUGCGCUGGAUAUCGCGACCGAGCAGGGUGACGAGGAUCUGCUGACGGUGAACGUGGGGAGGAUCUUCCUGGAGGCGGCUCCCAUGCUGCAUGCCUUUGAGAGUUACUGCGUUCGGCAGGGGUCGGCCAGUUUGUUGCUGGCGAAUUUGGAGAAGGAGAAGGAAUUGCUGAGAAUCUUUCUGCGCGUUUCGCAGAUGGAAAAUACCGUUCUGAGGAGGAUGAAUCUGAACUCGUUUUUGAUGGUCCCAGUUCAGCGCGUAACCAAGUACCCGUUGCUGCUGGCUCGAUUGUUCAAGGUAACGCCCCCACAACUGGAGGGAAAAGAACAGUUGAAGUCGGCCCAGGAGAAAAUCGAGCUGCACCUGAACCACAUGAACCAGGAGGCGAAAGAUGUGCCGACCAAACUUUGGCGCCGUAUUGCUUCGUCAAAUCCAGGCCGUCGGUUGUCCUGUGAGCUGGACAUGAUCAACAUCAAGCUGAGAAAAAUGGCCAUCGAUGUGUUGGAGUGGAACACGGAGGAGGUGCGAUUUGCCAUCGAAGGAAGACUACUCUUUACGCAGCCCAACGACGGUAACUGGAAGAAAAGUCGAACCAUCAAACUGACCUCGAUUAAUGCCCUACUAGUGACCAACGGGAAGCCAACCCCUAGCUAUAAAUCAGACCGCGGAUCGUCGGAAUUACUGAGCUUCCCGCGACACACCGGCAUACGAGAAGCCUCGCUGCUGCUGGUGCGGGAAAAGAACGGCCGGUACACCCUGCUCAGGGAACCACUGUAUCUGGACCGCUGUAUCGUUUGCACCGAGAGCGACUGGGAGGACUACUUCGAGGUGCAGGAGAUUCUCUCGAAGGAAUCGUUCAUUUUCAAGGCGGAGGAUGGCAGCAAAACCAAGCAGUGGUACAGUCAGCUGCAGUAUCACUCCCAGGGCAUGGGAACCUGGCGCAAGCGGCGGAAUGCGCUGGCAAACAUCAUGAUUAAUGGAAUGAUGACACGAACGUAGGAACAGACCGCGCGCGCCACUCUUUGGAGCCAUUUAUGUCCGAUGACACAAAAUAAUGCGUUCACAGCGUGCGUCAGUAUAUACAUUAAGGCGAAUGAAUUACGAAUGUCGACUACGCGAACAAAAUAAUGAAGAUGGGAAUGUGUCACUAUUUCUAGCGUAGGAGGAGCAGCAGCAAUCGAACGAAUAUUUAUUCUUUUAAAUUCCCCGCAUUAAAAUUACGCUCGCGAAAAUGAAACAAAAUGAUAAAUGGUGAUAAUCGCUCGAGACGGCGAUUAGUGUAUAGUAUUUAAACACAUUUGUUUUCGGAUUAGUUCGUCUUUCGAUUAUUAUUAUUAUUAUUAUUAUUAUAUACUUGUUACUAGUAACUGUAUUUUAUGUAGCAUUUUAUUCAACUGUUUCCGCUUCUCUUCCAAUUGUUUUCUGAUCAUUUUUUUUUCGAGACACUGUAGACAUUUUACUCAAUGCAUAGAAUAAAAACAGUCCAGCCAAUUCCAAGGUUUACGAAGAUACGAAUAGAAUAAAUUGCAAAUGUAAAAUUUAUGCUAAGCUAACA